GCAGUUUAGAGUCUGUUAGUUGAGCAACUUAGGGGGACGUGAUUUAUAUCAGCCCGCAACCAACCAUCGGGCAUGCUCUUCCGCGUUCCGUGCCGGAUCUCAAAGUCUCUCCCAAUGUCAUUCUGUUGUCAUUCGACCAGAAAUGUGGCCUGAAAAUGCAGGUAUCCGAAGCUGAGCCAUUCUUAUAUUACAGACGGUCUCGUGCAGUUCCAGCAUUUUUUGCUUCACAUAUUAGAUUCUUAGAACACAAUGCGUUAGGAGCUUAGCUUCUGCAUUUUUUUAUUUACACUCCUCGUCAUUAUCCUAUUAUUUAGCCAACAGCCAGCAGCCAGCAGCCAAUGGCGAUCUACAGCGACAAGCCUCUUUCCAUUCGCAUGGGCGAAGCAGCCAUAGACGCGUUCAGCGGCGCGCAGCCAGUCUCGCAAGUCCUCCGCUACUACCCCGAGCACGAGAUCGUCGCCAUCAGCAACGCGCGCGACGCUCGCGACGAGUCCCCUCCUCCUCUCCCCCCAGACCAUCUCCUACUCCCCGGCCGCUCCUACUUACUCGUUCCGAAGCUUAAGCCGAAACCGACCGGCGGCAUUGGCGCUGUGGGUUUGCGGUUCCCGAAAAGUGCGUCGGUCGCCGCGGGAGAGACCCCUCGCGACGUGAGAGGCGGCGGAAAUGGCGGCGGGAUAGGCGGCGGGGAAGGCGGGGGGAACUACAGCAGCAUGCAGCGCGCUUUACGGAAAGCCGGGUCGCAGGCUUUUGAGCGCGUGGAUCCAUCGUCGCUAUCUCCGACAGAGCACUGACGAGUUUCGACGAUGUAAUCUCUA